UGAUGAAAAGAACGAAAUGGGCGAAUGUCAGGUGAAGAACAAUUACGCAACCUCCGUUGACAUUUCGGGUAAUCGCACGAUCGUCAGUGAAUAUUCACCACUUGUUGAACCACUACUUGGACCACAUUUAAGAAGACUGAAAUUGAAAUGGCAAGUUUUCUAAAGGCAUCGCGUGCACUCUGUAAUCAAGCACGGCUCUACAGUUCUAAACUGCACGAUGUGGUCAUUGUAUCGGCAGCACGUACCCCGAUAGGUAGUUUCCAGAGUCAAUUAGCACCUUUAUCUGCAACGCAAUUAGGCGCUGUGGCAAUUGAAGCAGCCGUACAACGUGCAGGCAUAACAAAGGAAGAUGUGGAGGAGGUUUAUAUGGGAAAUGUAGUUUCCGCUGGUUUAGGUCAGGCACCAGCACGUCAAGCAGCUAUAUUUGCUGGCUUACCCAAAAAUGUAUGCUGCACUACAGUGAAUAAGGUCUGCUCAUCUGGCAUGAAAGCGGUUAUGUUGAGUGCACAGUCGUUAAUGCUCGGACAAUCUGAUGUUAUUGUAGCUGGUGGUAUGGAGUCUAUGUCCAAUGUACCAUAUUAUUUGAAACGUGGUGCAACACCAUACGGUAGUGUUCAAUUAAUCGAUGGAAUAGUAUUCGAUGGUCUCACUGAUGUUUACAAUAAAUUCCACAUGGGAAAUUGUGCUGAGAAUACAGCUAAAAAAAUGGGCAUUACACGUCAGGAACAAGAUGACUUUGCUAUUCAGUCUUAUAAACGUUCUGCUAAGGCUUGGGCUGAUAAAGUAUUUGAUGCUGAGAUUGCACCAGUCAAAAUACAACAAAAACGCAAACCAGAAGUCUUAAUAUCUGAAGAUGAAGAAUACAAACGCGUUAAUUUUGAUAAGUUCGGCCAGCUAGCAACAGUUUUCCAAAAAGAAAAUGGUACUGUAACAGCUGGAAACGCAUCCACUCUUAACGAUGGCGGCUCAGCUGUUGUACUGAUGACUAAUGAAGCUGCUGAACGUUUUAAACUUAAGCCUUUGGCACGGAUUGUUGCUUUCCAAGAUGCUGAAACAGAUCCAAUUGACUUUCCCAUAGCUCCAGCCUUAGCUGUUCCAAAACUUUUAGAACGUGCUGGAGUACACAAACAAGAUGUAGCUAUGUGGGAAAUCAAUGAAGCCUUUUCGUUGGUUGUCUGUGCUAAUAUCAAAAAAUUAGAUGUGGAUCCGACUAAAGUGAACGUUCAUGGCGGUGCUGUUUCAAUCGGGCACCCAAUUGGCAUGUCUGGUGCACGUCUAGUGACACAUUUAUCACAUGCUUUGAAAUCCGGUGAAUUUGGUUGCGCUUCCAUAUGCAAUGGAGGUGGUGGUGCUUCAUCGAUUUUAAUACAAAAAUUGUAAAGUUAACAUUUUAUUUGCUUGUUUCGCAGAAAGCGAAGUUUUGUGCCUUUUUCAAACCAGUUAUGCAUUUAUUAAUUCUUAUGAUAUUAGUUUAAAAUAUAUCUGCGUUUAGUUUUAAAAUAAUUAUUUGCCAAUUUGUAAAACAAUUGUAUAAAAUUGUAGUUGGUGUUUCUAUGUAUUGGACACAUUCAAGUAUAUGUAUAUAAAUAGUCUGUUGCUUGGCUGCAGUGGCCCAUCAGCAAAUAUACCUUAGCUUUCCGUAGUUAGCAAUAAAUAAUCUGUAUAAACUAGAUACUGCAUAUAGCAUAUAAAUUGGAAAAUUUCUAUUGCGAAGAUUAAUAAUAAUAUAAAAAAUAAUAUACGAAUUACUUUAAAAUCAACUAAAGUUUUUAAUUAUUAUUAUUAUCAAUAUUAUGUAUCUUUUGUUCUCAUUUUACUUGUUUAUUAACAUAAGACUAAGCUAUAUUUGUUAUACCAUAUUUCUGUGUCCCAAAGAGCUGUAGUCCAUCCUAAAAAUUGCAUUUAUCUCAAAUAAAAGUGACUUGAAUGUAUUUGCUACAGAAACGCUAACUUUAAAUAUUGUUUUUUGAGAUUGUAAACUUAUUUUGAAUAAAUAUAUAAUUAAUAAAUUGA